GAAAUCCCUCGCUGCAUAGUCUCUUUCCGUCCAUCUGUGGCCUGAAGGGGGCGUGCGUAGGGGCGUGCAGCAGGCCGUCCGCACAGAGCCCAGAGACCAACACUUGCGCUUGUGACCCAUCCUUGUCCCCAAUCCUUCAGUGAGAUCUCAUCCAUACACCCCCAUCAAUCAUGGAUCUCGAGCCUUAUGCUCUCACCCAUGCUGAAUCCGCCUCUGCGGCUUCGACUGCCUCUUCGAAUGACAAAGGAAAGGGUAAGGCAGCAGCAGAGGGGGAGGGAGGGGCUAGUGUGGAUGUGCAACCCGCGGAAGAGCUCCCUACGAUAGAGCAGGACGUCAAGCAGCUCGUGCAGGGCGUCAGCUCUUGGUGGACGGGCUUCAGCCAGAAGUCGCAGGCCCAAUUCACACAGGCUCAGCAACACAUUGCAUCCCAAGGCGGUAUCGUCAACUAUGCCAAGAAGGAGGCCAGCAGGCUAGAAGCUCAGCUAGAGGAGACGAGGCGCAAAGCAAAGGAGAAGAGGGAGGCAGAAGAGGAGGAGGAGAGGAAGAGAAGGUCCGAAGAAGCAGACAAAGUCAAGGAGCAGGGAGCGGACCAAGGGGACGAGGAGGCACAACCUAGCUCGAGGGCGGCACGAUCAGGCGAUAGCAAAGUCGAGGCGGGUGAGUCUGGUGAGAGCCUCUUUGACGCCGACGAAGCCUCGAAUGCCUCGGAGACUGCUACAGGGCCGGCUGCCCCCCGUCAAGCCUCUACCUCUACCUCUCCGACCUCUUCCUCGCCCUUUGCAAUGGACAACAAUCUCAUCUCGCGACUUCAGACGCUGUCCUCCGAUCCGCGGGUGGCCUCGAUACAGCAAGAUCUUUCAUCACGUCUCUCCUCUUCCUUCAAUCUGCUGAGCAACACCUUUGCCCCCGCCGCAAACAACACUAGCAGCAGCAGCAGCAAAGAGGCAGGUGUGUCUACGGGCAAUACUACAACCGCUUCGCUCUCAUCGACUCUGCAGGACAUCUCAUCCACUCUUUCCAAGCUCUCUGGUCCUGAAGCGAAAGCCUAUGCGCAGAAGUAUCUCAAAGCCUCUGAGGAGCUGGUUGGCAAGAUGGGAGAGGAGGUACGAGUCGUCGUUGGCGAUCUGGUCAAGGUCGUACCCCCUCCUCAGGCGGAGGGCAAGCAAGGAGCGUCUUCGGCUACGACUGCCGCGUCUGCUGGGCCAGAGAAGUCGAAGCAGGAGCAGCAGACUUCAAAGGCUUCGUCAGAAUUUUCAUCUUGGGACAUGGCAGACAGAGCAGAGAAGACUGAGGGCGGAGCAAGCGGCGUGAGCACAGGCACAGCUACUCCUUCUGCCUUUAGCAGCGUCAGUGCGGAUCAACCUGCUGCUUCUGCGCAUACGGAAGAAACAAAGCCGUCAGCUGGGUCUGACAAUGAAGUUUCUGGCAUGCUACCCUCAGCCCCUUCAGAGUCUGGCUCAGGAAAGAAAGCGGCAGAGGAGGCAGCAGAAGACAGUGGUGAGGACUCUGAUUGGGACUAGCCGCGGGAGGGGAGGAUGGAGAGAGCUCUUCAAAUUCAUUCAGCGAUCUUUUGUAUGCUCUCAAUGUUAUUAACGUCACCUGCUAUGCAGAGGAUGAGACAGAGUUUGUGAGGGGUAGUAUGGGAAACAGGUAGAGUCCAUGAUUUCUCGACGAGAAGGGGAGCCGGAUAUUUUACACGGAGUGA